AUGUCUUUGUCCAUCCAUGUCUUAGUCGCAUCUGAAAGCAUUCACAUCAAGUCUCGGCGUAUUAUACAAACGGUAGACCAAGCUGAGAAAGCUCACUCCUGCUACUGCCAUGGGGAUGGGCCAUCAGAUUGGAAUGCUCAAAGCAGCUCUUCCUUCCCGGUCGCCAAGGGGUCCACCACGUCCCCACGCACGCCCGAUUUCGAUUCUGAGAAGGUGGCAGCCGUCGCGCAUGAGGGUAUUCUCCCCAUCUUGAACCUCGGAACGCUUUACAUGAGAGGUGGAGGCUCGACUGGGGUGGCGCGUAUUUCUGAGAAGGUGGGAUCAGUGGGCGUGGAGAUGGCCGAGCGGUUAGCCUAUCGCGAUGGCGUCACAACGGCCAUCACGGCGCCCUCCGGGACCUUCCUGCAGGGCGUAUCUACUGCAUUCUCACCUGGAGCUGCGCAUGCGAACGUGGAAAAUGCGAGCGUUGUUGAUGAAGUCGCAUUACAUGUGGGCAUAGGCAUAUCUUCAAGGAUAGGUAUGAGUACGAGGCCCAUCUCCCGGGCCACCGCACGCACAUUCAAUGCGCUCCUUGGUUGGAAUUGUGGUUAUUGCUACACGAGCAACGUCAUGUACGGCGUCUUAUAUGCCCUUUCACCCGAAUUGUUUCCUACCAAAGAUCGUGGAACUGGUAACGCGAUCGUGGCCGCUGCAAAUAGGAUAUUUGGCGUCAUGGCCCUGAUCAUUGCUCUGUACGCGAACCUCACGACAUCUGUGCCAAUCUGAAUUUCAGGAGCUAUCUUCAUCGUCAUUGGUUUUAUUGCUCUCUUGCUACCAUUUGAACCCCAUGGUCACGCAUCCUUGUAACUAGUCAGUCAUACAUGCCUGGGCGAA